UUAUUGUUGCAUUAACAAUAAUUGUUAAUAAUAUAAUUUUGACCAUUGUCAAAGAGUAUUGUAGUAUUUUCGAAGCGAUUUAUUAUUCGAAAGCGAUUUCUUUAAUAAAAGAUGAAUUUUUUAAGUGAUCAACAAUUGUUUGAUGGAAGUUAUUUUCCUUAUAGAAAUAACUUUGAGUAUGUAGCGCAACUGAACCAAUAUGGACCAGGAACAGAAUUUCCUGGGUAUUGGCCAGUUAUAGAAGUGAGAGAAAAUGGGCUGCCAACAGAGUCGCCUGGAUAUGAUCCAAGAAUAAAUGUUACAGAAUAUGGGUCUCCUACACAGUGGUAUGGAUAUGGUCCAAGAACGGAUGUAAUAGAAUAUGGACCAUCAGAACAGUUUUAUGCAUAUGAUCCUCCAAGAAUGCAUGUAACAGAAUAUGGACCGCUAGCACAGUGGUACAGACAUGGCCCAAGAAUAAAUGUCCCAGAAUAUGGGCCUUCAGGACAGUGGUAUGGAUAUGAUUCAGGAAUGGAUGUCUCAGAAUAUGAGCCUCCAGCACAGUUAUAUGAAUGUGGACCAGUUAUGGAAGUCCGUCAAAAUGAACUGUCCGUACAACCCCCUGGAUAUGAUUCAGCUCCAGAUAAUCUUGAAUAUGGACUACCGGUGGAGCUUCGUGCAUAUAGGCAAUUUCCAGAAGUGCCAGGCUAUGGACCAAUUUCAGAAUUACAUACACAUGGGUCCGAAUUAGAAGUAGUUGGAUGUGGAAUGUGUACAGAAAUUCCCGGACACGGGCCAGUGCCAGAAAUGAUUGAAUCUAGAACGAUGACAAAAGUCUCUGCAUAUGAACUAUCGUCAGAACUGUCAGGAGAGAGGCCAGCAGAAGUAAUACCUAAACCUGAAGCACGACAGGAAGAAUUAGAAUAUCUGCCAGAAUCAGGAAUGCUCAAACACGAGCCUUCAGGUAAAAGAAUAUUACAAACAGACGUCCCUCUGUCAUCAGAUACUCCUGCAUCUUUAUCAAUUCCAGAUGUAAAAGGUAAACAGAACACCAACGGAAAAGUAAUAAAGACGAUGAAAAGCGUUAAUUUCGAAGAAACUGAAAGUUAUAACGAUGAAAAUUUAUCAAGUGGCGAAGAAUAUGAUGAGAAAACAACGAAGUGCAUGGAUGUUUUCAUUCAGUUCUUUAAGAAACUUCCAUCCUUCAUUUUACAAUGUUUCAAGUCAUCGUCUAAGUAAAAUGAUUGAUAAUUAUAAAGAUAAGAGUGAAGAAAGUGACUAAAAUUUAGUUAACUCAAAAUUUUAAAUGAUUAAUUAUGAAAAUCAACAUGAUAAUUAAUUGUAUAAUAACGACACAAGACUUAAGAAUAACGAUAAUUUUUACGUCGAAAAGUACAGCGAUCCUGCAAUUUUAUUUAUU